AUGUGGAGUUUAUCUGGAAAAUUCAGUGAUAUUGUUACAGAAGCAUGGAGAACUAGCCAGAGGGGAACUCCUAUGUAUAAGGUGGUGAAGAAGCUGAAGAAUGUUAAGGGAGCUCUCAAAAAGUUGAACAGGGAAGGUUUUGAUGAGAUUCAAAGUAAGGAGCUUAUUGCUCUUAAGGCUUACAAGGCUUUGCAAGACCAAUUGCAUCAGAAUCCUAGUGAUACUGAGUUAGCAGAUAAAGAAAGAGAUGCUGGUUAUGAGUACAAUAGAGUGCAUAAACAAUAUAUGGCUUUUUUAGCUCAAAAAGCUAAGUUAGCUUGGUGUAAAGGGGGAGAUGAGAAUAGUGCAAUCUUUCAUCAGUCAAUUAAAGCCAGAAGGAUGCAGAAUACCAUAUAUGCAAUCCAUGAUGAUCAAGGGGUCUGGCAUGAUGAAGUGCAGAGUGUGAAUGAAAGUUUCCUUAGAUUCUAUCAAAAUUUGCUUGGUAGAACUAUGGAAGAUAGAAUUCCUGUACAGAAGGAAGUAAUUGAGAUGGGUCCUAGAUUAACUGCAGAGCAUAUUGCUAGGCUGGAAGCUGAGUAUACAAGAGAAGAGGUGAAGAAUGCAAUGUUCUCAAUAGAAGGGAAUAAAGCACCUGGACCUGAUGGUUUUGGAGCUCCUAUACCUGGAUCAGUGAUUAAAAGAGUUAAAGAGGUUUCAGGGUUUAAUCACAGUAGGCUACCCUUUAAAUAUUUGGGAGUUCCUAUAUGUGCUAGAAGGGUGAAUGUUGCUGAAUGUGAGGUGCUGCUGGCUAAGAUGUGUGCAAGGAUUAAAGUGUGGAGUAGCAGGAACAUUUCAUAUGCUGGAAGAGUACAGCUGAUCAAUUCUGUACUCCUUAGCCUUCAUAUAUACUGGGCACAAGUAUUUAUGCUGCCUCAGACAGUGUUAAAGGACAUUGAGAAGAUUUGUAGAGCAUUCCUAUGGUCUGGAAACUACUUUAGCAAUGUCCUGGUAGCAUAA